AGUCCCUCCCUGCUGUGGGCUUUGGGGUGCUUGCUCCUUGCCCCACCACCACCAAGAGAGGAAGCUGAGAGUAAGAGAUGGAACUGUGAAACUGGGCAACCGGGGCUUCCCAGACGCCAGGCCACGGACCUUGAAUUUGGAAAGACUGGGGCCAGGAGGAGGGGGCUGGCCGCAGAGCGGGAACCGGGCUGUGCCGCGCUCCUCCAAUCCCGCAGAGUGCUCCCAAGGAGAGGUGACCUCGAGCGAGAGGACUCCCCAGACUCUAGGCCUGCGGGGAGAAGCCACGGGUUUCCCCCGAGAGCGCCCGGGAGGGUGAAAGUCUGGAGGCGGGCGCUCGGGGCGCGGCCAGGGGCUCGGGGGUGGGGGUGGGGGCGCACUGGCGGGCCUGGCAGGCCUUUGGCUUUUUUUUUUUUCUUGUGCGAACUGCCGGGCAGAUGGCUGGGCGGCUGGCUGGGGCCGGGGUCGGGCCCGCGGCGCUGCUGGCUCUGCGCGCUCUGCUGGCUGCCGCGCACCCACAGUGUCUGGACUUCAGGCCGCCCUUCCGGCCGCCGCAGCCGCUGAGCUUCUGCGCGCAGUAUUCCUCCUUUGGCUGCUGCACCGCAGAGCAGGACGAGGCGCUGGCCCGGCGCUUCCGGGCUCUGGAGACCCGCAUGGACGCCGGGGUGUGGGCGACUUGUGCCGGCUACGCGCUGGACCUGCUGUGCCAGGAAUGCUCGCCCUACGCAGCCCACCUCUACGACGCGGAGGACCCGGCCACCCCCCUGCGGACAGUGCCUGGCCUGUGCGAGGAUUACUGCCUCGACAUGUGGCAGCCCUGCCGAGGCCUCUUCCGUUACCUCUCCCCUGACCGUGAACUCUGGGCCCUGGAGAGCAACCGGGCCAAAUUAUGCCGCUACCUGUCCCUAGAGGACACUGACUACUGCUUCCCAAGCCUGCUGGUCAACGAGAACCUGAACUCGAACCUGGGCCGCGUAGUGGCUGAUGCCAAGGGCUGCCUGCAGCUGUGUCUGGAGGAGGUGGCCAACGGGCUUCGGAACCCCGUCGCCAUGGUACACGCUGGGGACGGCAGCCACCGCUUCUUCGUGGCCGAGCAGGUGGGGCUGGUGUGGACCUACCUGCCCGACCGCUCGCGCCUGGAGAAGCCCUUCCUGAAUGUGAGCCAGGCGGUGCUCACGUCACCCUGGGAAGGGGAUGAGCGCGGCUUCCUCGGCCUUGCCUUCCACCCCCGCUACCCACGUCCCAGGAGGCUCUACGUCUACUACUCUGUGGGGGUUGGCUUCCGAGAGUGGAUCCGUAUCAGCGAGUUCAGAGUCUCGGAGGAUGAUGAGAACACCGUGGAUCACAGCUCAGAGAGGAUAAUCCUGGAGAUUGAAGAACCAGCCUCUAACCACAAUGGGGGCCAGCUGCUCUUUGGGGAUGACGGCUACCUCUACAUCUUUACGGGAGAUGGCGGCAUGGCAGGAGACCCCUUUGGGAAGUUUGGAAAUGCGCAAAACAAGUCGGCGCUGCUGGGCAAGGUGCUUCGCCUCGACGUGGACCACAAGGAGCGCGGCCUGCCCUACGCGAUCCCUCCGGAUAACCCGUUCGUGGACGACCCGGGAGCGCGGCCCGAGGUCUAUGCCCUGGGUGUGCGCAAUAUGUGGCGCUGCUCCUUCGACCGCGGAGACCCAAGGUCUGGCGCCGGCCGCGGGCGCCUGUUCUGCGGGGACGUGGGCCAGAACAAGUACGAGGAGGUGGACCUGGUGGAAAGGGGCCGCAACUACGGCUGGCGAGCUCGCGAGGGCUUCGAGUGCUACGACCGCAAGCUGUGCGCCAACGCCUCCCUCGAUGAUGUGCUGCCGAUUUUCGCCUACCCGCACAAGCUGGGCAAAUCAGUCACGGGGGGCUACGUGUACCGGGGUUGCGAGUACCCCAACCUCAACGGCCUCUACAUAUUUGGCGAUUUCAUGAGCGGAAGACUGAUGUCCCUCCGAGAGAACCCAGAGACAGGCCAGUGGAGGUACAGUGAGGUCUGCAUGGGCCGUGGGCAGACCUGUGCCUUCCCAGGCCUCAUCAACAACUACUACCCGCAUAUUAUCUCCUUUGCAGAGGAUGAGGCUGGGGAGCUGUACUUCAUGUCCACGGGUGUGCCUAGCGCCACAGCCGCACACGGGGUCAUCUACAAAGUGAUCGACCCCUCCAGACGGGCGCCUCCAGGGAAGUGUAAAAUACACCCUGCUCAGGUGAAGGCAAAGAGCCGCCUCAUCCCCUUUGUGCCCAAGGAAAAGUUCAUCCGGACGCCUGAGAGCACUCCUCGCCCCACAGCCCGCGCUCCCACCAAGGCGCCCCGCCGCAGGCGCCCCACGGCCGCUCCCCGAGCACCCACCCCGCGGCCCACAAAGCCCGCGAGGCCCACCCGGCGACCAGGGGCCCGAAAGGGAAACGGACGACGGCGGGGACGUCCGAGCACCGCGGUCCCCGCACCCCAGAACGGCUCGGUGCGCCUGGUACGGCCCGCGGGCCUGAGCCCCGGCCGCGGCCGCGUGGAAGUGUUCGUAGGCGGACAGUGGGGCACGGUGUGCGACGACGCCUGGGACACCAAGGCAGCCGCGGUGGUGUGUCGCCAGCUGGGCUUCGCGCACGCGGUGCGAGCAGCCAAGCGCGCCGAGUUCGGCGAGGGCCGCGCGCUGCCGAUCCUGCUGGACGAUGUUCGCUGCGCCGGCAGCGAGCGCAACCUGCUGGAGUGCGCGCACGCCGGCGUGGGCACGCAUAACUGCAAGCACGAAGAGGACGCUGGCGUCGAGUGCAGCCACCAGGACCCGGACAUGUAGCCUGGCCUCUGCCGCCUGGCUGUGCCACCCUGCGAGGAUGGAGCCUGGGGUGGCCCCUUGGGUCUGCGGGCGCCUGGUGCAGCAGGCACCAUGGUGAAGGGUCCAAGGUGUGGUUCAUCUGGACGUGACCUCUGUGUCUGUGUGCGUGUGGGUGAACGUGUGGGUGAGCGUGUUGGUGUGUGUGUGUAUGUGUGAGUGUGUGUGAGUGUGUGAGUGUGUGUGUGUGAGUGUGUGUGUGUGUGUGAGUGUGUGUGUGUGUGUGAGUGUGUGAGUGUGUGUGAGUGAGUGUGUGUGAGUGUGUGUGUGUGAGUGUGUGUGUGUGUGUGAGUGUGUGUGUGUGUGUGAGUGUGUGUGUGUGUGUGUGUGUGUGUGUGUGUUUGGUUGGUGAACGAGAUCACUUACCUGCCAGCACUUUGGAGAGCGCGGGCAGGCACUGUUCAGGAACAGCACCCUGUAGGGAGGCUGGUUGCUUUACAGUGUCAGACUGAGGGAAGGAGCUGGCCAGCCCUCCCCCUGCCAGGGCCGAGUGACAGGCACCAGAACAGCAGAAGCGUGGCCUGAGAAUCAUGGCCAGAGUGCGAGCAGAUAAGGCAGUCCAAGGCACCGCAGAAACGAACGGGCAGUUGGAGAGCCAAAGAAGGGUCUCAAAGGACCAGGAGGCUGUGGCCAUUUGCUACCCACCAGGGAUCAGGCUGAAAGGGAUCAAGCAAGCACCCAUGAGAAGCCAUUUGACACUCCCUGCAGGCAGGCACCCCGGGGAGGCUGCUGGUUCCCCUCCAUCAUUGAAGCCUGACUCUCACCUAUUCCUGUUGAGAGCCCUUAGGCUCACACUCUGCUCCCUUCAGCCUCUGAGUCCCAGGUGGGGAUGCAGCAUGGGGAGGGGCUCUCCUUUCUUCCUCUUCUGUCUCCAUCACCUCCUAGGGGAUCCUCAGAUUCCUCAGCCCCCAUCUGAGAGUAGCCUUUGGGGCCAUCAAGACUACUCAUUAUGGCUGUGUCAACCACUUGACUAUUCACAACCCUUCCCUCUCUCCUCUUAUCCCCCCCCCCACAUCCCCGGAAGCUGAGUUACAAGGUGAGGGGCCCCAAAUGAAGAGGGUAGGGCCUGCUGCUUCUCUCCCUGCUCUGUAGGAAGAGGGAACAGUGUUAGGCCUCACCGGUGACUUUGUCUGGUGCCUGGAGCAAGUUCUGGAUAGCUGUACUUAGUUAGCAUCAGAGAGGGGCAGGGCUGGGGAAACAGAUGAGUCACCGGUCAGGGAGAACAGGAUGUGGCCCUUGUCUGGCAGCUAUGGCCAGGACUCAGGGUGAGGCUCCUGACCCAAGCUUUGCAGGAAGAAGUCAUCCCUGCGCCGAGUUCUGAUCCGAACGGGCCUGAGUGGUGUUCCAGGCAGAGCAAUGGGUGCGGCCUCGGGCUUGGUGACGUCUGCCCCUGUUCAUUGCAGCUUCGGAGGGACCUUGAGGGUCACCCUGCCUGCUCUGCAACUCAGGAGGCUGGCUGUUCUCGGAAGUAAAAGAAAAAUUACAGACAGCAAAGGAAAACAUCUGGAGCAAAGCUGUGCAGCCACAAUACUGGGAAGCCGGGGAGCCCGUGUCCUGUGUCUUCGCAGUGCAGUUCUUGGGGGGGGGGCAGAGUGUCUACACAGUCUAUCCUGGUUAUUGGCAGGAGGAGGAGGAAGAGGAGGAGGAAGUUCAGGUGUGAAGGACAGUGUGCUGAGCAGGUAUGCUUGGGCUGGCAGGACUGGCUGAGAAGGUUCUUUCAACCUUGAGCUCCCAAAACACCUGUGUCCACCUCUUAACACAUUAGACUAGAAGGCAGCGAGGGUUCUAGUCCUUGCUGUGUGGCCUGAGGUCGGCCAGUCACUUAACUUCUCUGAGCCUCAUGGGGAAAAUGGAGGUAGUCAAUAGGACUUCUGAAUAAAGAAAAAUAAAUAAAUAAAAAAUAAAGGUAGCAUUCCAGAUGCAUUCCAGAAUAUGAAUCUUCUGAACGGAAAGCUCGGUAUUGAUUUGGUGACAUUGAUGCUGGCAGCUGCCAGCUGUGUUAGGUAGGAAGGCAUGCCACGUGGAGGGACUGGCAUCAGGGUGGCGGAGGAAGAAACAGGCAAAAUGAGAAAAGUGAGUCCCUGCAAGAUGACACGGAGGACUCUAGCCUUCCAGCCUGGUGUCCGGCCUCUCACCCUCUUCUCGGUGAAGAACCAGCCUUUAUGCAGAACUUGCUGCCUGCCAGGUUCUUCAGGUGUGUUAGCCCCCAACCCGAUGCCCUCUCCCCCUGCAUGUUCAACAUCACCAUCCCUCCGUCCCCACGGUGCCUGUAAACUGGUGUCCAGGGCUUUGGAGAACUGAGGCUCAGGUCUCAGUGGCUCCCCCGUCCCUCUUCUCCCUCAGGCAGUAGCUCCAGGUCCCCCUUUGCUACACCUCCCCAGUGGUGACUGCUGGGAAAUGGCACCCUAUGGGGGUUGUUCUGACUAGUUCUUACUCUAGCUUAACCCUAGCUAGCAGAGUCGUCUGAGAAGUGGGAACCCAGGCUGAGAAAAUGCACCCACCAGAUAGGCAUGCAGGAAAGCCUGUCGGGCAUUUUCUGGAUUAAUGAUUGAUGAGCGAGGGCCCAGCCCACUGUGGUGGUAUCACCCCUGGGAGGGUGGUCCUGGAUGGUAUAAGAGAGCAGGCUGAGCAAACCACCGUGGGGGGGAAAGCAAGCUGCUGAGCAGUGUUCCUCCUUGGCCUCUACAUCGGUUCUGUGUCCAGGCUCCUGAUGUGAGUUCCUGCCCUGACUUCCCUUGGUGAGAUGUAAGCUUAAACGGUUUCCCCCGAAGUCACAUCUGGUCCUGGUUUCACCACAGCAACGUAAAUCCUAACCAAGACAGGGAACAUGUGGGAGCUUGCAGAAACUCCACACGGGCAGCAGGCCCCGUCUCCAUGUUGACUCAGGUCUGGCAAGGGCCAGGGUUUGUUGUUUGAGUUCCUGUGUGAUGGAUGCUGUGACCUGAGGGCCACGCCGUGGGUUGCUGUCUGUGUUCUGUUGCCCAGUGGAAGCAUGGGAGCCGUGGAGGCAAUUCAAGUUUCCAGAAGCAUAUUAAAA